ACUAAGUACUAACUUGCAGUUGCACUGCCACACUUGAUCUUUCAACAUAUGGUGAACUGUCCUUAACCGAUUUCCCUCGGUCCACUCUAUCAACUUCCUACGUGAGCAAGCGAUUUUUGCUGCCGUCAUAAACUCUUCAUCCCUUCAUUACAUCAAGCCGACACACGAUAUACCACACCACCUCUGCCAUCUGCAAUCAGACAUAUGGACACUCCUCCGAUGUCCCUGACUUGCGCUCAGUGCGCUCGGAAGUUGGGUGAUCUUGUAGCGCAACUCCCUGUUAACGACAUCGAAGAAACAUGGAAGGAAGUCGAGUCAACCGCCCAACAACUAGCAAACGGGCUACGUAUUCGAGAUGGUCCUGAUGAUAAUCACACGAUGUUGGGAAAAACUUUGUUGCCUCAGAAUAUCACUACUUUACUCAGCAGUGCGUUGAACGGUGCGCUUAUCCCGGGUGCUAGCCGUACAGCACCUGUCUUCGAGAUUCUUCGUGUUGGCGCGAACCUUUGCGUGGAGCAUGACCAGAACCGGGGAUACCUCCUCGAGGCAGGUUUCCCCCAGGCUGUCGUAUCCUUACUUGAAGGCUACACAGACACUAUUCCUGAAGAACCUCAGAUGGAGAUGGAUCCGUUUCCUAUGUCUAUUGCACAUUUACAGAUUGUGAAGACUGCUGUCGGAGUCUUGCUGAAUGCUACAUUGACAUAUGAACCAGUGAGAAACCGUCUCAUAUCGCUAGAGGUUGCGAAGACAAUUUUCCGGCUAUCCACCGCCUUCUAUCCUCCCGCUGCAUGGAAGAGAACCACCUCUAACCUUAAUCUUCCCGACGCACCUCUAACUGACAUUCCUUUUGACCGUAUCACCGAAUCUUGGACAAUAAGAGCUGGUCUGUCGAGUUGGGCAGGAAGGUUGAUAUCAGAACUUCAAGAUGAUGUACACCCUCUGUUCUCCCAAGACGUGCUACCAUAUCUCGUCCAAUCGCUUAUCGCCUUCACGCCACCACUCUUGGCUGCGCCCCCUUCCCCUCACUUCGCACAACCUUCUCAACUACGGACGACUCUCCUCAAUACAGAUUUCGACCUUCUCUCAGAGUCGUGCUCUCACCUCGAGUCAUCAGCGCUUGACGUGGCGGACGUGCGUCUUUCGCUGGCACGCGGUUUUACAUUUCCCGCAGAACAUCAUGAUAUUCCCUGUUUUUCCGCGAUGCUCGAUUUUUCUGAGAAUGGUCUCGAGGGCGGCGACAUCAGUAAGAAAGAGAAGGCUUUCGAUGAUUGCAAGGCUGCCGUAAUCAAGGCUGUCGUAGAAGUCUCUGGAGACGAGAGGAAUCUCGAUUUACUGUGGGACGACUCAGACGAUGCGCAGCCAGGAGGAGAGUUUGUGUCACGAAUGAUUGACUGGAUCAGAGCUUUCGUCAGUGGCGAGACUCCUGGCAAUGGGAGAGAUGACCUCGUCAUAUGUGCCACUUUAUCUCUGGGUAACAUAACCCGUGGAGAAUCUCACUCAACAAUUCUACUCUCUCAGCCACAUGAUAUUGCUCGACUCCUCUCAUCGGACGCUCUGCUCGCUCCGUCCACUGACAUCAAACUAAAGCACGGUGUCAUUGGCCUAUUGAAGCACCUGGCACAGUCCUCAUCUCAGAUGCCAUCCAAUCGUGCAGCUCUCAGCGCGGCUGGUGUCAUACAGCUCAUACUCAAGAGCGGCGUUUGGGAUGACAGAAGCGACUUCAUGCUUGAAAUAGUCCAGGUGAACGCCAUUGGUGCUAUAAAGCACUUGUGCAACAACAGUGUGGAUAAUGCUUGUAACUUUAUACUGGAACCAGUGGAUAGCCAAGACCCUCCUUCGACAGGUCUGUCCCAGUUGCUUGCCCUUGUCAAGCGCUCCGACACAGUCGCGAUCAAGAGCGAAGGUACACGGAUCAUUGUGAACCUGAUCAGGUCGCUCUGGACGAACGAGCGUAGAGAUGAACUACUCGGCGAGGAGGAGCUACAAGCCAGACAACAAAAGCGAGUGAAAGCCAUGGACGCUUUGCUCACUCCAGCAAGCGCCAAGCAUCUCAUCCUCAUCAAUGAAGGCGUAGUGACGCCGUCUUCAACGGGGUCCGCCCCAGCGUCUACGAUAGCUUCUACCAGCAGUGAAGCGAUGGAAUCCCCGAUCGUCUUUUCUCCGACGGGCGCAUCGAAUAAGAUACCAUCCGUUCGACAUGCCCUUGACCAGCUCGUCGUCUCUUUAAAGAGCGAGUCCACUCCUGCCGAGGUCCGAACAAACAUAUGUGCGUUCUUCGGCCAGAUCAGUAAGCGUGGAACCGGAGAUGGACUUCAGAGGCUGAAAGAUGCCACAAGACCAAUUCUUGAAGAGUUGGUCAGUGUUCACGGACAAAGCAUGCUUGGGAGCGCGGCGAAGAAGGUGUUGGAUAUGUGGAUGUCGGAAUGAACUAUGCUUGGAAUAUAAAUGGAACGGCAGAUGUUAUCAAUGUAUUUUUGUGUUUUCUAGACAGUAUGAGUAUGAGUUGCGACGUUGUCUGAGAGAA